UAGGUUUCCUAGUUACCGAGAUUAUCAAAAGUCCCUAUUGUUUGGUAAUAAACCUUGACAGGAUACAAGGUGACGGAAGGAAGAGAGCCUUUAAGUGAAGUUAGUAUAUACCAGACAAUGAAAUAUAGAGAGAAGCAAAAAGAGUAAAAUCAGGGAAAGGCUAUUUCCUGACUGACUUAAUCAUUGGACUAAGGUAUUGCUAGUUUCUCCUCACUGUAAGUAAGAAAAAAAUAGGAGUGUAAUUUGGAAGGGAAAAAAAAGGAAGAUUCUCAUUCUUCAAUUGUGUAAAUAGCAACAGUUAAGCCAGUUAGGCCUAAAUACCACUAUUAAAGUGAGAUCAACAGCUCCAGAAGUGAACCAGCAGACAGAUGGCUGGACUUGAAGUGACUUUAGAAGAUAAUGAAGUAUUACUGCCUUUCCAAAGAAAACUGCUCCAUCGCUGUCCUCAGAGGCCUACAAGGAUUUAUGAAAAACUAGAUUUGAGUAACCCCAUAACUGAAUAUUCAGAAAAAUAUACCCACUUUGAAAGUAUUAAGCCUGUGCAACAUCAAUUUCAAGCAUGUGGUGACAAAAUAUCUGAAUGUCUUCCCUGUGAUACAUAUAAAGAAAAGGUUGAAGCACCUGAUGAAUACAAGUCAAAAAUGAUGGAACCUGAUUUGGCAACUACCUAUAAGCGGAAUUUUAUUUUUUAUCCAUCAAAACCUGCUGAAACAUUGUGGCCUCCAGAAAGACAACUUAUUAAAAAAGAAAAGAUGGAUACUCUUCCUACCUAUAGAGAUGAUUUCAGACCUUGGACUAUCAAGAAAAGUGAAACUGCUGAACCUCUGCCUACCGAGAAAUUUCAGAAUGGCUUAAGUCCUCAAAAACUACAUGCUGGGUCAACUUUUAAACCUUUAAACCUACUCUUUCAUUCUGCUAUUCCCUUUAAUGCUAUUACAAUCCAUAAAUCGUCAUUUGUGCCUUACCAGCUAGAACCCAAAUUUAUAAGACCAAAAGAAGUUUACAAGCCAAACAAUGAGCCCUUUGAUGAUUUAACAACUAACCGUCAUACCUACAAAGGCCUUUUUGGAGAACCUGCAAAGAGUUGUAAACCUACAAUCAUCAGAGUGGAAAAAAGUGCUCCAUUUGUGGAAAACACAGAAUUUCGGGAUAAUUUUCAGGAAAUUCCAUUGCCCAAGGUGCGAAAAUUAACAGAAGAUGUCACCUCAACAAGUAGCAUAGAGCACAGUAACAAAAACCGUCAAGAUCAUGUUUCAACUCUCAUGACUACAGGGGUUCCCAAAAAGCCAGUUUAUUCACGGAUCUCUAAGUUUCCUUUUCAAGGAAGAAGCAUCACAAAAGAGGAUUUCAAACCAUGGGACAAACCAUGUCGGCUAGAAAUGAUUAAGCCCAAAAAUCAGAUUCCUGGUCCAUCUGGGAAGUUUGACGGCUUGACCACGUUUAGAUCUCAUUACAUACCACACGAGUUAAUUCCAACACUGAAUUUCAAACCUGUACCUGUUGUCGUUCACAGCACCGAACCAUUUGAUGAUUCAACAGUAUACUCAACACAAUAUACAGCCAAGAAACAGGAGACAUGCCCAGCUUUCUAUACUUCCCCUCCAGGAUAUGCAUUUGAAAAUACCGAUUCCCAGGGUCACAAAUUAUUCCGCAAGGAUAUUCCUUCAGGGAAGGACUUUUCCCCAUCAAUUGAUAAAGUUUCCAAAUAAAUGGAUUUUGUGAAAUGCUGGGCUGAUGGACUUAUGAGAAUCAAAACAUUUUAACUAGGUGAUAAAGAGAAAAAUCUUUGGAAGAUUGUUCUUAUGAAGGAUUAAUAGUAAAAUAUUUGAACUGGACUUUUUUUUUAACCUCAGGAAAUUUGAAGAUCUAUCAAGAGAGAUCAAUAUAUCUGCUGACAGAAUUGCUUCAACAGGUCUAUGAUUAAAUUAGUAUGACUAUUCUUUUUACCAAAGCUAAUCAUAACCCUUCCAUGCCUUAGGAGACAAUUCUUCAUAAGUUGUUAAGUCCCCCCAAAAAUCAUCAACAAGUAAUCACCCUUUUAUUAAUGAGCAUUUUGGAUCCCUGGAAGGCAAGCAGGUCAUUGACUUGUACUCAUAGCCCUUCCAGCCUGGUGAUACCUACCAAAGCUUGUAAUUCACUGGCAUAGCCUCCAGAAACCCAGGAUUACCUCUUUUACUUCAGGAGGCAUUAAAAAUUGGAUACUAAAGAGCCAAAUACAAUUAACAUUGAUAUUUUUAGCCCAUUUUUCUUAACAAUACACUUAAACAAUUUUAGUAUGUGUAUUCCCAAUGUAACUUAUUAUUCUGAACAUACAAAUUGACAAUUGAUUCUCAUUCUGUGAUCUUAUAUAAUUAUCACAUUUUUAUGUGUAUAUAGCCAGGGAUCCAAUUGUUCAGUUAUUAAUUUCAUUCUGUUUAUAACAGUGUAAUAAUUCAACACAUAGUAAAUGAAACCCAGAUGAAAUUUGGUACAUAAAAUAUGAUUUCUGAUAUAAAUUAUGCUUUUAGAAAUUCAAGCAGUUCAUGAUCAUUCAUAUACUUAAGCUAAUUUAUUAAGUAUUUUUAGAUUUUUUUCCAGUUAUU